GAUAGGAGGGGGCGGGUAGGGGGUGUUCAGUCUGGGCAGGGUGUUUUCGCAGUGUUGACCAAUCAGGUCCAGGUUUUUUUCCUAAGCAAUGACCAGAGAAGUUGAGUGUGAAACGGCGUUCUGGCCAGUUAGUUGAGUGUUAUUACGAGUCACAAUGGAUGCCAUACCUUGUUGUUUAGUGUUAUUUGCGCUACUUUUUGUCACGGGAAUGCAAGAAGCUCAUGGCUUGCAGUGUUAUUGCCAGCGAUGUGUGAACAGCACAUGCCACACCGACGGUAUGUGCUUCGCCUCCCUCAUCAGGCACAGCAGCGGGCGCAUUGUGGCCAGCGGCGCCAUGUGUCUGCAGGAGGCGGAGCUUAUCCCAAGGGACCGCCCCUUCCUGUGUGCCCCAUCCACCAAGGAGGGCAACAGUGUGCACCCUUUCUGCUGCAGCAGCGACAUGUGCAAUAAAGACCCCGAGGGCUAUAUAGCCUUUCCAGACCCCACUCCCAGGAGUCCGGUCCUGGGCCCCGUGGCCCUGGCGGCGGUGAUCGCGGGGCCCGUCUGUGUGCUGUGCUUCGUGCUGGUGCUGGUGUUCUACGUGUGCCACACCCGCUCGGUCCUCCACCACCGGGUGCCCAGCGAGGAGGACCCCUCCAUGGACCACCCGUUCCUGGCCGACGGCACCACCCUCAGGGACCUCAUCUACGACAUGACCACUUCAGGCUCUGGCUCGGGCUUGCCGCUGUUGGUGCAGAGGACCAUCGCCAGGACCAUCAUCCUUCAGGAGAGCAUCGGGAAGGGCCGCUUCGGGGAGGUGUGGCGCGGUCGGUGGCGGGGGGAGGAGGUGGCUGUCAAGAUCUUUUCAUCGCGCGAGGAGCGCUCCUGGUUCCGUGAGGCUGAGAUCUACCAGACCGUCAUGCUUCGCCACGAGAACAUUCUAGGAUUCAUCGCCGCUGACAACAAAGAUAAUGGCACUUGGACUCAGCUGUGGCUAGUAUCAGAUUACCAUGAGCACGGUUCACUUUUCGACUACCUGAACAGAUACACAGUCACAGUGGAAGGCAUGAUCAAGCUCUGUCUGUCCACAGCCAGCGGCCUGGCUCAUCUCCACAUGGAAAUAGUGGGCACUCAGGGUAAGCCUGCCAUUGCCCACCGUGACCUGAAGUCCAAGAAUAUCCUGGUGAAGAAGAAUGGCACAAGCUGUAUCGCCGACCUUGGGCUGGCGGUGCGCCAUGACUCUGCCACAGACACCAUUGACAUCGCGCCCAACCACAGAGUGGGCACCAAAAGGUACAUGGCUCCAGAGGUCCUGGACGACUCCAUAAACAUGAAACACUUUGAAUCCUUCAAGCGGGCUGAUAUCUAUGCCAUUGGGCUGGUGUUUUGGGAGAUCGCGCGGAGAUGCUCCAUAGGAGGUAUCCAUGAGGACUACCAGCUGCCCUACUACGACCUGGUGCAGUCCGACCCCUCAGUGGAGGAGAUGAAGAGGGUGGUGUGUGACCAGAAACUACGGCCCAACACUCCCAACAGGUGGCAGAGCUGUGAGGUCUUGCGGGUGAUGGCUAAGAUCAUGAGAGAGUGCUGGUAUGCCAAUGCGGCCGCACGCCUCACCGCCCUGCGCAUCAAGAAGUCCCUCUCCCAGCUCAGCCAGCAGGAGGGAAUCAAGAUGUAGAGACUUCAUAUCCAGCACAUGCACCCAUCCUCUCUCUCUCUCUCUCUCUCUCUCUCUCUCUUUCCAUCUCUGUCUCCCAGCAAUAUCUCAGCCGUUUUUGCAUCAGAGAGGAUGAGGCUCUGUCCCAAGUAUGUAUUAUCCAUCAGGGUCCAGAGCCCGGUGCACCUGGGCUUAGCUUUGAUGCGGCUGCAGGGGCGAGCGAGCGAGGGAGGAGGCGCACCCUGUAGGGGGUGUGGACCCGGCUCUUUGGAGCCAAGGCAAGGGGACAGAGUGUCUCCUCUACCCCCUCGUCACCUCCAACCAGGCCCACAUGGCCUUUCCUCAAACCCCAUAGUGCAGCAACCCAGGAGGACAAAGAGAAGCCUGGCAGGCCUAUAUGCUGAAUGGAAAUGCCCAUCACCUCCUUCACCAUGCUUCUUUUUUUUUUAUAACCUUGGGUUAAAACACAGCAAUGUACAAAGAGAGACCCGCGCCUCAGUGAAGUGUGGACUGAAGGAGCAGGAUGAAUGGAAGUAUGGCGGCUUUCCUCGGUCACUGUGUCGGGUACCUGCAGCCCCUGCACCCGCUACCCCCCC